AUGUGCCCAUAUAAAUUUUGUUUCUAGAUCCGCCACUGGGUGCAAUCGAUGGAAAUCGUAUUAUGGCCACCAAUCACACUGUUAUUCAUCACCGGAACGAUUAAAUACGUGGAGAGGUCACUCGCAUUGUACUCAGCGAGCUUAGAGAAACUCAAAAACAGCAUGCUUCCACCACCAGACUCUAAGCUUAUGGAAGAAUACUCUUCGAGAAAAGAUUCAAAUCUCCCAACUACAAUCAUCUUAAUCGACAAGCAAAAGGGACCCCCGAAACUCGUUAGACCGUACGGAGUUUUAACCGAUCUCGAAAUCGUUCAAUACGGCUACAAAUUCUUCAACACUUUCAAAGGUCUUGUUGUUGAUCUUGUUUUCAGUUCUAGUGAGCGAGACGAAAGCAGAGAUUUCUUCAAUGCGUUGGAACCGGGAGAAGCACUAAGGAUUAUUGAAUCCGAGCUUGAUUUUCUAUACGAAUUGAUGUUUACCAAAUCUGCGAUUCUUCAUACGAUAACCGGUACUCUGUUUCGGUUAAUUGCGUUUGGAUCACUUAUUUCUUCCUUCUUUGUCUUCCAUCGUAGGCCGCUUAAGUCUGAGGAAUUUCAUGGAGCAGACAUUGUGAUUACUUACACAUUGUUCAUCGUUGGUAUCGCGCUUGAUCUCGUGUCAAUAGUCAUGUUCUUGUUCUCAGAUUGGACAUAUGCGGUAUUGAGUAAGCUUAAGGAUGAUCCAGAGGAAUAUAAUAGUUUUAUCGACUCUUUACUCAAUUGGUUUCUCGCGUUUAGGAAACUGCGUUGUAAGAAGCAUACAUGCAAUGGAAACCAGACCCACGAGGUGCUCUCGACGGGGUUUUUGUCACGGAGAUGGUCAGGCACGAUCUACGGAUUCAAUUUCAUCGGGUUUUGUUUGAAAGCCAAAGUUUCAAGAAUCCAUAAGAAGAGAAACUGCAAUGUUUUAGUGUGGGAGUCUGUGGGUUCGAUGUUCGAUUGGAUAGUAAGAAGAAUCCAAAUGAUGUUUGGAUGGAUCAAGAAUGUUAAUAGAUCACUCAGAAGCGUGAUGAGGCAAUGGUCUAAGAAGAAUCCGAUGUUUUGUUAUACGGUUUACCCGUUAUACCUCGUGUUCUUUGCAGGUAUUCCUCAAGUUUUCGCAGUCUUUUGGGGUCACAUUGAUCAAAUCUUCAGUGUUAAAUCUUAUCUAGAUAAGACUAGGUUCAUAUCGAAUGAGCCUUUGACGAAGAAUCAAUGGAAGUUUAUAUUCAAUGAGCUAAAGAAUAAGUCCUACUUUGCGGAAACACCCGACCUUACAAAGAAAUUGUCUUCAGCGAGAGGAGAGUGGGUUUUACGAGAUAUGAUUCUGGCAGAAAGUGAGAGAUUGAUGCGUUACGUAGAGAAUGUUUCUUAUGAUCAAAGUCUUCUCCUUUGGCAUAUUGCUACUGAGCUCUGUUUUCAACAAGAAGAAAAUGAGGAGAUGGAGAAUCUAAGCGGAAAUAGUUACGAUGACCGUGAAUUUAGCAAGAUUACAUCGGAUUACAUGAUGUAUUUGUUGAUAAUGCGACCAAAAUUGAUGUCGCAAGUGGCAGGAAUUGGAACUAUACGAUUCAGAGACACUUUAGCUGAAGCUGAGAGGUUUUUCAAAGGAAAGCAUAUCAAGAACCUGAGAGAUAUGAAACGAGCGAGUAAGACGAUUCUAUCGGUUAGUAACGAUUAUGAGCCAAUGCAUGUUAAGGGAAAUCGAAGCAAGUCAGUGCUUUUUGAUGCGAGUAUGUUGGCAAAAGAGCUUCAGAGAUUGGAAGAUAAUAAUAGUAGAAACGGAUAUGGGAAAUGGAGAGUGUUAAGUAAAGUGUGGGUUGAGUUGCUAUGUUACGCAGCAAGUCAGUGUAAAGCUAUGGAGCAUGUGGCGCAACUUAGCAGAGGUGGGGAGCUUCUUAGCUUUGUUUGGUUGUUGAUGGCUCACUUUGGUUUAUCAGAUCAGUUUGAGAUCGAUAAAGGAGAAGCUAGAGCUAUACUCGUUGGAGGAGAGUGAUAGUUAUUAUUAGAAUAUAAGUUUCCAAUUCAA